UUUGGCCAAGGAAAACGCCGAAAGGAAUCUAAUUUGAUCCCUAUCGGUGGAAAUCGCACUGAGCAUGGCAUUCAUGGGCGCCAGGGCAAAGACAGCCCAAGAAAUGAGGGAUGUGUUGAAACUGCCCGACGACAAAAAGGAAGUGGCAGCCAAAUUCAAGGAUCUUCUGAGUAAGCUCGAAGGGCGCGAGAAGGUAGCCAUUCUUAGUCUACCAAAUCGCAUAUACUACGUUAACUAUAAGUUCGAGCUAGUACCGGACUACAAUCAGGUGAAAUUUAUCGAGCUGGCCUACAGAAAUUCAAACCUUUCCAUGGUCAUUUAUCUACCGGACAAGGCCGAUGGUCUAGCAGAGUUGGAGAAAAAUAUGGUUGGAUUCACUCCGAAACUUAUCAAUAUUAAUGUGCAUCUAAGGUUUCCCAAGUUUAAAAUCGAAUUCUUCGCUCAUCUAGAGCCAGUUCUUAUAGCGGUGGGUAUUUACAGAUCCUUCUUGGUACACCCUUAGAAUCACAGACUUAACUUAUAUAUGGUCAUACAAGAUGCGUUCAGGACAUCUGGUGACUUCAAUGAUUUGGUCGCGAACAGUGGGGCUUAUGGGGGCGUCGUUCAUAAGGCGUUCCUGGCGGUUAAUGAGGAAGCUUCUGAAGCAGCGGCUGCAACAGCUGUAAUUUUUAAGUAUAAAAGCUAUCGGUUCCCGCCAAUGGAUUUUAAUGUCAAUCAUCCAUUUGACUAUGUCAUUCGCGAUGCGGAAACCAUUUACUUUCAGGGCCACUUCGUAAACCCGGAACGAUAAAAUGUACUUUAUUAAUUGUUUUUUUAUAUACAACGCUUUUGGCUGAAGCUGAUAAAAUACAUA